UGAAAGUGUAAUUUACUCAAAACAUUUUUAGAGACUUGAGAGAGAAAGAAAAAGGAGAGACAAAAGCAAAGCAAACCUUAACCGGCACCUUCUCUUCUUAUAUAUAAAUAUAAAACCUUUCCUUUCAAUCUUGAACUCUUCACUCUCUAAAACCGACUACUUUCACCUUCUAAAAAUUUCAGGCAACACAAUACAAACACUCUUUGUUGUGCAACUUUAAGCUUGUUUCCUCGCAGCAACCACCAGAAAGCAACAAGCUUUGGUUUUUUUGCUUCAUUAAUUUGUUCAAGAAGCAACAAAAAUUACAGCAAAAAGUAGUUGGGUUUCAGGGUUGUCGGGUUCUUGAGUGACUGAGUGACUGAGUGACCGAGUUGAGCUGCCCUGGUUGACUCGGACAUGGACUUUUUGUUUUGAGGAUUUGGGAUUUUUGAGGUUGGUUUGAUUUGGAUAGUGAAAUGGCCCAAAUGGGUGAAAGUUCAGUGGUAAGAGAGAGGCUGAGGAGUCUGUGUGUUAGCAGUGGGUGGUCUUAUGGGGUUUUCUGGCGAUUUGAUCACAGAAAUUCCAUGUUGUUGACAAUGGGAGAUGCCUACUAUGAAGAUCAUGUGGGAGCAGUGAUUGAAAAUAUGCUUCCACAGGUCCAUGUACUUGGAGAAGGUAUUAUUGGGCAAACCGCUUUCACCGGAAAGCAUCGAUGGAUGCAUUCAGAUGCUCACGGUGGAGGAUGGAAUCCAUGCAGUUCUCUUGAAAAUCAAGAUAUGUUUCAGGAUUAUUCUGAGUUCAGUUGCCAAUUUUCUUCUGGUAUAAAGACAAUUGCAAUAAUCUCCGUUGAACCACGAGGAGUAAUUCAGUUAGGAUCCACCGAAAAGAUUAUGGAGAGGGUGGAAGUUUUGGAUGAAACAAAAAGGUUGUUUCGGGAGAUGGAAAAUCUUGAUGGGCUUAUUCCUUUGGAAAAUGCACCUUCAUCCAUGAACAAUGAAACUAGUGAUCUAAAUGAGUUGUUUGCUUCAUUGAUUUCAUCUGGGAAUUCCUACAAUGGAGAUGUUAACUUGACUCCGGGUGACAAAUGUGACGAACUACCGAGGAAAUAUUAUUUCUGCAGUGGGUUUUCAGUCUACAUCAUCUGAGAUAUUGGCUCAGCUGAUAAAACCCCCUGGUUUAGUACGUGGAGUGCCGAAUCUUCACUUUUGACUUCAUUUGAACCACUGUUGGCAUCGGAAAUUAUUCUUCAUGAUUCAUUCGAGUCUUGCAGAGAUACAGUGAGGAAUAUUCAGGUGGACUCGGCAUUCACUUCAUUAGCUGACUUUGAGAAACCUAUUCAAGGAAGCUGUGGAUAUCAGAUGGAUAACCAGCAAUCUCUGCAUGGAUUCCCGCUGGAGUGUAAUCCAGCUGAUUUAAGUAUAGAUCUCUCUAGAUUGUACCAGUUGGAUGAUCUUUCCCAGUGGUUUGCUGCGUCACCGGAACAGAACUUCAAUGCAAUGACAACCACACUGAACAAUGACUUCUCACAAGUAAUAGAAAGUACUUCAGUGUCGUCUAGUCUGGUUAAAGGUGAUAACUUUAUUCAUGUUCCAAUUCAAACUCCAGCUAACUCUAUUCAAAGUUCGGUUACAAAUCCAUUUAGCGCCGAUGGACACGAUAAAUCUGUGAUCAUUCAGAGUGUUGAUGGUUUGGGACCGGAUUUUGCAUGUGGUCAAGUCGGGAAGUGUUGGGAAGAUACUAUAAUGCCAGCAACCAGUGGUGGCUACUUGGCCACUGGUACUGCUUUGACAAAAUGCUUCUCAGAGUCAGAAAUAACCGGUUCCAUGCCUGGUCCUCGGAAGGGGUUGUUCUCAGAAUUAGGACUUGAAGAGCUUUUAAAUGGUAAAACUACUACUUCCAGCUCCGUAAAAUGCAAUCUAGAGGACCAGUCAUCCACCACUAGAAAAAGGAAAUCAGAAUGUUUAUCUGUGAAUAGCAAUCAGGUUCAACCGCCAAGGCUUGCAGGCUUGGAUAUGAGUACAUAUUCAGCGAAAUCUUUCUAUAACCUGGACAGGGCAAACAGUCUUGGUCCAAAGAAAGACUUUUUCCCAAAAUCACAGGUAGGCUUAUGGAUUGAUGACAGCUAUAGCGUCAGCGCUAGAAGUGCGGUUCAAGAUAAACAGCAGAAAGCUGAGGUACACACAAAGAACACCAAGAAAAGGGCAAGGCCAGGGGAGAGUACUCGACCUAGACCUAAAGAUCGCCAGCAGAUUCAAGACCGUAUCAAAGAGUUGAAGGGGAUCAUCCCUACUGGUGGCAAGUGUAGCAUCGAUUCUUUGUUGGACCGGACAAUCAAAUACAUGGUCUUCUUGCAAAGCGUGACGAAAUAUGCAGAUAAGCUUAAACAGACUCAUGAGCCAAAGCUAAUUGGCAAGGAGAAUGGAGUGGUUCUAAAAGACAACAGCACCAAAUGUGGUGGUAAUACACGGGCAUUAGCAGUUGAGGGUCAAACUGUGGUUUGCCCUAUAGUAGUCGAGGACCUUGAUCAGCCGGGCCAAAUGCUUAUCGAGAUGCUUUGUGAGGAACAAGGUUUCUUUCUUGAGAUAGCAGACAUAAUCCGCGGCUUUGGGUUAAAUAUCUUGAAGGGGGUUAUGGAAAGCCGGGAAGAUAAGAUAUGGGCAAGGUUUAUCGUUGAGGCAACUAGGCAUGUAACAAGGCUAGAUGUAUUCUGGUCCCUUGUCCGGUUUCUACAACAAACAACUACGGGUGUGGUUGAUCCAACUAAUCGGCUAAGUAAUGUAGUAGAUGGUGGGGUUCCUCCUAUAUUGGAUAGUUGUCAGCAACAAAUCUUGCCGCCUCCGGUCAGCUUGAUUUGAGAUGUUUAGCUUACUGACUACCCUGACCUGUGAGGGUCAGAUAUACCUUAAGCAUUGCCCUGUGAGGACCUGAUGUGGUAGGUGUUUCCGGCAACGGAGGAAACCACAAACAAUGAGAGAAAAUGAGAUUGGUGAUUGAGCCUCGGAAGUCUGUGAUGUGUGCAUAUUGUUAGUAGAGACUAGGAAUGUUCCUGCAAAAAUUGCAGGUUUGCUCUUUUUACUGCUUUACUUAGUUCCCAAUAAGAUAAGGGUGUGCAAGGCAUGGUGAAAGUGAAGUUAACCCUCUUUAUAUGUGGGAUUUUUUUUACAAGUUUAUAUCUUCAACCUGCUGAGAAUUUAAACCAGUUAGUAAUAGGCUAACCACUGAUUUGUUUUUGGCCUCUGUUGUGGCUUAAUAUUUGGUAUUGUAGUCAUGGAAUGUUGUCUUC